CUGGGGCCUUUACUUUCCCCGGCCGGCCUACGUCGAAUUGGGCUGGGUUCGGCAGCGACUAGAGGAGGGGACAAGGAGGAGGAGGAGGAGGAAGAGGAGGAGGAGAAGGAGGAGGAGGAGGAGGAGGAGGAGGAGGAGGAGGAGGAGGAGGAGGAGGAGGAGGAGGAGGAGGAGGUCGCCUUCUGGCGCCCAGCCCGUUCUCCCGCCAGCAUCUGUGCUCACCAAGGGGACGCAUCGCGAGACAACGGGGAACUUCAUCACAGCGCCGGUGACUCUGUGUACGAGGCAGGGCAGGCGGCGUUGGGGUGUGGGCUGGAGCUCGCCUUCCACGCCAACUUCACCUUCUCCCUCUCGCCUCAAUCCGGCCGCGUGGGUUUCAACGGCUUUGCCUUUGUCGUCUCGGCAACGAACCGGGUGGGGAGCGGCGCUGGUGUGGGGUAUGGUGGAAUGGACGUGCGGAGCAUGGCGGUGGAGUUUGACACUUUUCAGAAUAAGGAGCAUGGCGACAUGAGCAGCCCACAUGUGGGGCUGAACAUUCGAGGCGAGGACAAGUCAGUUGCCGCUGUGAAAUCGCCCUUCCCUCUGAGCAGCAGGAAGGCGUACACGGCGUGGGUGGACUAUGAGCCGGGGGACCCCGGCACCAUCCAGGUCUUCCUGGCUGACUCGCAGGAGAAGCCGCAGCAGGCGGUGCUGGAGAGGAGGCUGGCGCUGUGUGAGGUGCUGCAGGGUGCAGCCGAGCAGCCCGCCUUCUUCUUUGGCUUCGUGGCGUCCACCACUGUGAAGCCGUUUCAGCGCCACGUCAUUCUUGAAUCGACAGUAGACACAGGCUUUCCUGCUGCUCCCCAGGCAUUCACAAGUAAUCCAGCGUAUGGCCUGCGGCUAUCAACGGACACGUACCUGCCAGAGUGGGCCAGCCCCUUUCCGCGCUAUGUGAGUGCGGACUACCGAGUGGCGCCCAUCAAGCAGGACUCGUGGGCCAUUCGCGACUUCCACUCCUGGGACGCCGUGCCCUUCCUCGGCUGGCCUGUUAAGAACCAAAACGACUGCAGUGAGUGA